AUGUCAAGAUCCCUCUGGCAUGAUGGCAUCUCCUUGAACCUUCUUGCCGCUCUCCUCCUCUCCAUCUCCUCCCACCAUGUCGAGAGUCUUCAGACUGAGUCGCAAGCAUCACAACAUGGAGCUGACUGCCAGCUCAGUGCUGACAAGGUCAAGAUCCUGCAUCCAAGACCCGGCAGUCACAUCAACGGCUCCGUACUGGUCAAGAUCUGCAACCCGUACCAUGACGGCCACCACGGCCUGCUCAUGCCUUCCCUGACAGUCUAUGGGGAGACAGUGAAGCUGGGCGUGCUCGUUGACGGCAGGGAGUUUGACCUCGAGGGUCACAUCCUGUCGCUAGGAGGAGGAUCAGCGAGAGAUGGGGAUGGGCAAGGCGCUGGAUGCGGAGGAGCGAGAUGGUCGUGGGGACGGGAGCUCUGCUUCCGUUUGCUGCUGGAUGGAGGGCCGCACGAGGUGACGGUGGAGGUGAAGAGAUUUGGGACCCUGGCCUACCGCGUGUCCUCCUCUUUCACUGUAGGGGAGGGAGCAGAGAAGGAGGAGGAGAAGGAGGAGGAGGCUGCGGCUGUGGAGCUUGUGGCGAGGACAUGCAGACAUCAGAGGCAUCUGCACAGCAUGGCGGAAGGAGGGCAGCUGACUGUUGCUUCGAUGAAGUACAACUCCUCCUCCUUCUUCGAGCUUGUCGCUUGUUCCCUGCUGAUCCCGACGCUGGUCCUGGUGAUGCCGAUGCAGGUGCAAGAACAAGAUGAGAAGUCAUACCAAACUUUCCUCAAGGUUGCAAACACGUCUCGAUCUAUGAAGCUGCUGCUUUCCUUUGCUGUGUUGGAGGGCGUCGAGGUCAGGCUGCAGGAGAUGAAGUGGAUGGAAGACGAUGAGCCUGUUGUCUUGAGCUUGUACAGCGUCAACGAUGAGAUUGAAGGGAUGCAGUUGUACGUGGCAAGAGGUGAGAGGAAAGGAGAGGGGAGGACAGGAGGAGGGGAGAGGAGGGGAGCAUGA